AUGCCUUUCAACAAUGCUGCCAAGGAGUUUCGCGUGGCCCUAUUUGGGCCACAAAGAACUGUUUGGACACCGCGGGACGUUGAAGAUCUCCAGUCUGCCUUCCGAGAAGAUGCGCGCCUCGAAUUCCUGCACAAGACACUAGGCACACUCCCCUCGUUAUGGCCACAGGUCCGACAAGCAUACGGCUCGCCAGACUUCCCGGCCGCAGCAAAGCUUCAAAGAUUGCAAGAAAUUGUGGCUGGUUCCAGCAGCAUAGACGAUACAGUGCUGUCAAACACAGAACUGGCGCCGCUCACGGUCAUCACACAGGUUGUCGACCUAAUUCAGCAACACGGCACCAGCCUGGAAGACUUCGGGGCAGCGCAGGGCUUUUGUGUUGGGUUUCUCUCAGCUGCUUCGCUUUUGAGGAAGGCCGACAUCGCCACGACAGUGAUUGGUCUGCAAGGGAGCUAUCACCAUCAAAAACACAGCGAGACCUCCAAGGCUCUCGUCAGCCUUUACGCGCAGCAUGAAAAUCUUCGACUGCCCGAGGCCACCGAGCUGCGGCUACCACUUCGUUCCACAGCUGACGCUGACCUCAUCACCACCGGCGCUCUUCACGAUAUUGCGACACAGCUGAUCCUUAGCCAACGUGCCAACUGGUUUGAGACGGUGAAGAACACCGUGGGCCACCUGAGCCCAGAUCAGACUGCGAUAGCCAGCUUUGGCUCCGAAACAUGUCUCCCUAAAUCCCUGGCGAGAUGUAAACAGCAGACACGUCCCGGUAAGCCCACCGUGACGGAAGAGAUCGCCGUCGUGGGCAUGUCUUGUAGGUUUCCUCAGUCUGAGAGCCUCGAGUCGUUUUGGCGGCUUCUCGAGGAGGGCGGCACGUGCAUUGAUAAUAUGCCCGCCGAUCGCUUCGACCCUGCGCAGCUGCAGCGUGAGCCCAAGUUGGACACGUUCUGGGGCAACUUUAUCGACCGGCCAGACGUUUUUGACCACAAGUUCUUUGGGAUUUCGGGCCGCGAGGCAAAGUCGAUGGACCCUCAGCAGCGACUCGCCCUCCAGCUUGCAUAUGAGGCGAUGUCAUCGUCUGGAUACUGCAGUAAACCGUCUGCCAUGCGCGUGAAAGAUGUUGGCUGCUAUCUCGGCGUGGGCGCUGUCGACUAUGAGGACAACGUGGCCUCCCACACUGCCAAUGCCUUCGCAGCGACCGGCAUCUUGCGGGCUUUCAUUAGCGGCCGCAUCAGCCAUCACUUCGGCUGGGAGGGUCCUUCUCUUACAGUGGACACAGCAUGUUCCUCCUCUGCUGUAGCCAUACAUACUGCCUGCAAAGCUCUUCUCGGCGGGGAGUGUUCCAUGGCGCUUGCUGGCGGCGUCAAUGUCAUCACCAGCCCCUCUCUCCAUCAGAACCUGGCCGGAGCAUCCUUCCUAAAUCCGAAGGGGUCCUCCAGGGCUUUCGAUGCUGAUGCCGGUGGAUACUGUCGCGGAGAAGGGGCGGGAAUGGUUGUGUUGAAAAAACUGUCCACAGCUUUGGCUGACGGCGACGUUGUGAUUGGAGUCAUCGCAUCCUCAGCGGUCAACCAGAACUCAAGCUGCAGCCCGAUCACCGUUCCGCACUCAGAUUCGCAAAGUACUUUGUACAAGCGGGUGCUCAACGACGCCGGCAUACAGCCUCAGGAUGUAACAUACGUAGAGGCGCAUGGGACUGGUACUCAAGUCGGCGACCCGAUUGAAUACGAGAGCAUUCGGUCCGCUCUUACUGGUCCCCUGCGCACCGAGCAGUUGUAUGUUGGCUCGGUCAAGGAUAACAUCGGUCAUGCUGAGGCCGCCUCAGGAGCAGCCGGGGUCAUCAAAUGUCUACUCAUGAUGCAUCACAAGACGAUACCAAAGCAGGCAAACUUCACUUCCAUCAACCCAAAGAUCAGAAGCUCAGCCGAGGACCGCAUCACUGUAUCGACGAAAACAGUUCCAUGGACCUCGAGCAAGCACAUCGCCCUGGUCAACAACUAUGGAGCAGCCGGAAGCAACGCAGCCAUUCUCAUCCGCGCUCAUCCAGUCGAGAGGAGGCGCGCGGCAACCAUGACCCCAACCGUCCAUCCCAUUCUUUUUUUCCACCCCAUUCUCCUUUCGGCAAAGACGGCGACCAGCCUUAACUCGUACGCGGAAGCUCUAAAGACGUAUCUUUCCAAAGGCACAGCAUCCCUUAGCGACAUUGCUUACAACAUAGCACAAGCCCACGAUGUGUCAUUGAACUGCCGUGUCGGCUUUGUUUCCGAUGCGGUUGACAGCACAAUAUCCAGCCUGAGCAGGACGAAGACAUUUGAUGCAAACAAGAGUCCCGUAAUCUUGUGUUUUGGCGGCCAGACGGGGCGAACUGUAACUGCCUCGAAGGAGCUCUAUACCAGCAGCGAUCUUUUCCAAAAGCACUUGGAUGAGUGCGACUCGGUCUGCAGACGACUAGGUUACCCCAGCCUCUUUCCCGGUAUUUUCGAGCAAGACGAGAUUCAAGACACUGUUUUGCUCCACUGCAGGCUUCUGUCCCUGCAGGUGUCGUGCGCGAGAAGCUGGAUCGACUCUGGCCUGCAGGUCGACACCCUGCUCGGCCAUAGCUUCGGCCAGCUGACCGCGCUCUGUGUGGCCGGCUCCGUUUCUCUCGAGGAUACUUUCCGGCUCGUCGCAGGCAGGGCCCUCCUGGUCCGGGAUGCCUGGGGCCCUGACCACGGUGCGAUGCUGGCGGUGGAGUGCACCAGGGCCGAUCUCGAUCACGUCGUCUCCCAGGUCAACUCGGGAGACGGUCUACGCAUGGAAGUCGCAUGCUACAACGGCCCGCAGCAGUUCGUGCUCGCCGGGGACGCCCCCUCCGUUGCGAGAGCUGCAGAGCUGUGCCGCAGUUUCAAGGUGCACGAGCUGAGCAACACCCACGCGUACCACUCUCACCUUACGGACGUGAUACUGAGGGACCUGUCGAAGAUUGCUGGUUCCGUCAAGGUCCAGCCACCUCGCAUCCCCAUCGAGACCUGCACCCUUCAUGAGACAUGGACCGACUUCACAGCCGAGGCCAUAGUGAAUCACACACGACAGCCUGUAUUUUUCGACAAGGCUGUGAGUCGUAUCGCAAGUCGUUUCCCCGGGGCCAUCUGGGUUGAAUCAGGAUCGGCAACACCCAUUAUCGCCAUGGCCAAACGAGCCAUCAACACAGCGGACCGAUCUGACGUCUUCUUGCCAAUGCAGCUGGGCACAGUGGAUGCCAUGAGAAACUUGGCAAAGGCAGCCUGUGAGCUGUGGAAGGCAGGCUCGGCCGCUCAAUACUGGCUCCACCAUCGAUCGUCCGGGUAUCGCUACCAGAAGGUGAACCUGCCACCAUACCAGUUCGAACAGACGUCUCAUUGGCUCUCGCUGGGGCAAAGGCUAUCACCAGCCACGCCCGAGACCAUCAAGGCUCCGCAGCUUGUCAAAUUGGUGAAACACGAUCGAGCAAGCGGAGAGCUCAUCCUGGAGGUGAACACAUCUGGUGACACAUUUCAACUGGCUGCGAGUGGCCACGCAGUCGCUGGUCAGAACCUGUGUCCGGCAUCCAUGUACAUGGAGAUUGUCGCCCAAUCUGCCAGUCUAGACGCACAUCGCACCAGUUCCAAACAAAAGUGUGUGCCGCAUAUUGAGUCCCUAACGAUGCUAGCUCCUCUGGGGACUGGCGAUAGAACCGUGGUGCGCGUGCACCUCCACCAGACGGCACCGGAAUCGUGGGAAUUUGUCAUCAGCAGCCAAGCGACCGCCAGCUCGCGACCAGGCGAUGUGCCGACCAGGCAUGCCACCGGUUCCUUUUCGUGGCAGCAGGCCGACGACGCCAUGGCGGAACGACGACUCCGGGUGCUCGGCCGCCUGGGGACAAGCCAGACCUCUGCAUCAGCAAUGGCUACCGGUAUGAGUGGGGUGAUGGUAUAUGACAUGUUCUCAAACGUCGUUGACUAUGCCGACUACUACCGGGGUGUCCACAGCAUAUCUGCGUCUCACAACGUGGCUACCGCUACGGUCAGGGUCCCGGCAAAGCAGCACGAGCUGAUUGAUGCGGGCAUCACGGAUCCCAUCAUGUUGGACAACUUUCUCCAGGUUGCUGGAAUUCACACCAACUGCUUGGCACCCAGAGAUAAGGGACUUGUAUUAAUGUGCACCUCUAUAGACGAGAUCAUUUUCACCCCGUCUUGCGUGGACGAGAGGAGCGCUGACCGCGAGUGGAUUGUACACACACGGUUCGACGAGGACACGCCCGCCAACACGAGGACGAAUGACAUAUUCGUGUGUGAGGCCACAACCGGUCAGAUUGUCAUGGCCGUCCUCGGGGCAAACUUCAAAGGUGUCCCACUCAAGUCUCUCGCAAAGAGCCUCACCAGGCUCAACAAACCCACGGCCGCAGUGGCCGAGCAACAGCCAGUCACACCAAAUGCCACGGUGGAUUCAGGCUACGCAUCGGAGCGAAGUGAUUCAGAAUGGGCGCCUGCUCAAAAGAUCGCCCCCGGCACGGUCCAAGCCACCCAGCUGGAUCCGCUCGCGGCCACUGUCGGUACUGCCGGACCGAAUGACGCCUUGUCCAAGUUGCAAACGAUGCUAAGCGAGAUCAUUGAGAUACCCGUGGACGAGGUGACCCCAGCCUCUUCACUGGACGAUCUUGGCAUCGACUCUCUGCUCAUAACAGAGGUGUUGGCCGAGAUCAAGACCCGUUUUGGGGUUGUCGUCGCGCAGGAGAAGCUGGCCAAUUGUGCCGAUGUGCGCGGGGUGGCAGAUCUUUUGGGUGGAGGCGAGCCCCAGCGACGAGAGAAGAUGCCAGGAGCCUCGACCUCGGAAGUUUCUCGCGCCAGCAACUCGGUCAGGUCACUCCGCGAUAGCCAUGUCGUCCCUCCUGCCACGGGCUCCACCGACAAGGAAGCCUCGGGCGGCACGCCUCUUGCAGUCGCAGGUCGCCGCGUCUUUUCCGAGACGAUAGUUUCCUACGACAAGCACGCCCAAGACACAGGCUUUACCGACUUCUACGCCGACGUCUUCCCCACCCAAUCCGCCCUCGUGGUGCAAUACGUCUUGACAGCAUUCGCCUCCCUCGGCUGUGACCUAGCAUCUGUCGUCCCCGGUGCCACGCUCCCGCCCAUCGAAGCGCUCCCGAGGCACGCCAAGGUCAUGGUUCAGCUGCACGAUAUCCUGGCCACGGCCGGCCUGCUCAGCAAACGGGCAGGCGGAGGGUUUGUCCGCACACAGCUACCCGUCCCCACAGUCCCUGCGUCUGUUCUCAAGGACGAGCUGCUACAAAAGUUCCCCAAGCACACCUCAGAAACUAUGCUCCUCCACUCCACAGGCCACCAGCUGGCCGACUGCCUGACAGGACGUGUCGACCCGGUCUCGGUCCUCUUUGGGAACGCGGCUGCCCGUGAGCUUCUCGGAGACGUCUACACCAACGCGCCCAUGUUCAAGACCGGAACGCUCGUGCUGUCUCAGUACCUGUCAUCCCUCCUCAAAGACAUGGGCGGAAAGCGAGAGCUCAGGAUACUCGAGCUUGGUGCAGGCACGGGAGGGACGACCAAGAAUGUUGUCGAGACCCUGGUCGCUCUGGGCCACAAAUUCACCUACACAUUCACGGACCUAUCGUCUUCGCUCGUGGCAGCAGCAAGACGCAAGUUUUCGAAGUGGUCGUUCAUGGAGUACAGAGUGGUUGAUAUCGAGAAGGACACUCACCCUGACUUUGUCGGCAAGUACGAUAUCAUCCUGUCGACAAACUGCAUCCACGCCACAAGAGACCUCGUGAACUCGACAUCCCACAUCCGCGAGAUGCUGAAGCCAGACGGGCUGCUCUGUCUGGUGGAGUUGACGCAGAACCUCUACUGGUUCGACCUCGUCUUUGGGCUCCUGGAGGGAUGGUGGCUGUCCUCUGACGGCCGGCGGCAUGCCCUGGCGAGCGAGGAGCUGUGGAGGAAGGACCUCCUCGAGGCGGGCUACAAGUGGGUCGACUGGAGCCGCAGCUCGACCAGGGAGUCUCGGCUCCUCAGGGUCAUCACGGCGUCCCCAUUCGACACUCCCCCGCGCAUGGAGACGGUUCAGUUCAAGGAGGUCGACGGCCUGAGACUCUACGCCGACAUUUACUAUCCAGGCGAGCUCGUCGAGCCCGGAAAGACACUUCCCGUAGCGCUCAUGAUUCACGGUGGCGGCCACAUUAUGCUUUCGAGGCACGACAUCCGCGCAGACCAGACCGCCAUGCUCCUGGACGCCGGCUUCCUCCCCAUCAGCAUCGACUACAGGCUCUGUCCCGAGACGACCUUGCCCGAGGGGCCAAUGACUGACGUCGUCGACAGCCUGCACUGGGUCCGCACCACACUGCCCCACGUCGCCCUGUCCAGACCAGACAUAUCCAUAGACGCGUCCAAGGUCGUCGCCGUGGGCUGGUCCACGGGCGGCCACCUCGCCACGACACUAGCCUGGACGUCAAAGGCCCGCGGGGUCCAGCCCCCGCAGGCCAUCCUCGCCCUGUAUUGCCCGCUAGACUACGAAGAUCCCUUCUGGACGCGCCCCAACAUCCCCGAGGGCGCCGGAGGCCCGGCCGCGCAGCCGGCCGCGGCGGGGGCGGGGGCGGGGGCGGGCCCACCGUUCGAGCUCGACGAGCAGGUCUGGGCCGGGGGCGUCUUCGACGCGCCCAUCACCGGGUACAACGUCGCCCCCGGCAAGAGGGCGCUGGGCGGCUGGCUCGCGCCCUCGGACCCGCGCAGCCGGCUGGCGCUGCACAUGAACUGCGGCGGCCGCACGCUGCACGUCCUGCUCGCGGGGCUGGACAGGGGGGCGCGCGGGGGCCCCGCCGCCGCGGCGCCGGCGCCGGCCGACAUCGCGGCGGUCAGCCCGCUGGCGCAGGUCAGGGCCGGCAACUACGCGGCGCCGACUUUUAUCCUGCACCCGCGGGGGGAUGACCUGAUCCCGUGGCGGCAGGCCCAGAGGACGUGGGAGGCGCUGCGGGAGGCUCACGUCGAUGCCGAGUUGAGGAUCGUGGAGGGCGUGGGUCACUUGUUCGACCUGGGAGGGCUGCAGAGGGUUCGCAGUGCGGCUGCUAGGCAGGCUGUCGUGGAUGGCUACGGCUUCUUGUGUCGGCAUGUGGGUUUGGAGUUGCGCACAUGA